CUGAGGGAGGGACCAACGGAGAGACAAUAGAGCACUAAUCACUCAUGUGGGGCCAGUGCUGUGAACACUGCCGCCGUUCUCACACACACACACACACACACACACACAACACGCGCGCGCACACAUACACACAACACACACGCGCGAUGAGCGAGCCGAGAUGGACCGGGAGGAGGGAGCGUUGAAACCCGCCGGAGUAUUCGACAGGGAACGCCCGUGUCCUGAACUUCGCUAGCGCCCCCCCCGAGUUCGGAGCUAGCUUAGCCGACGGGACCAGCGGCUCGCCGGAGUCACGGCAACGACUCGGGAACGGAGAGCGCCGGGAGGAAAAUCAACAUCAGCGAACGAGCGUCCGUCCGCCUGGGGACUCUCCGGACCGCAAGCGCACAACUUUUGACACAGAAGUUCAUCCGCGAGAACAGACGCUGGUGGAAAAAAGAAGACCUGCAGAAGAGAUAAAAGAGAGAAAAAGAAGAAAGAGAGAAGAGGAGAGAGGGAAGGAGAGAAGCACCGGGGCACGUCCUGCCCUGCGGAGCUGAGCGUGCCCAGUCUGCCAUGCCGAGGCACGACCCGGUCCUCUCUCACUACCCCCUGGUCUCCCUGCUGCCCUGGCCCCCCAGCCCCUACCCUGCCGAGCUGGAGCCCCCCCUGCUGGAGGGGGAGGAUGGGGUGGCACUGCAGAGGUACCAGCCCCGCUCUCCGGACAGCAACCCCCACCCCUGGAGCUCAGUGCAGGACUGGGGAGAGGAAGUGGAGGAGGGGGCCAUAUACAAUGUGACACUGAAGAGGGUUCAGAUCCAACAGGCCGCCAACAAGGGAGCAAGAUGGCUGGGGGUGGAGGGGGACAGGCUGCCCCCCGGUCACACGGUCAGCCAGCUGGAGACCUGUAAGAUCAGGAGCAUCCGGGCGGGGACGCUGGAGCGGCUGGUGGAGACGCUGCUCACCGCCUUCGGCGACAACGACCUGACCUACGCCAGCAUCUUCCUGUCCACGUACCGCGCCUUCGCCGGCACCGCCGCCGUGCUGCGCAUCCUGCUCGACAGGUAUGGGUGUUUGGAGGACAGUGAGGAGGAGGAUGGACAGGUCAGGUCUUCUGAGAACAAGGGAGAAGUCAGGAAUGCCCUGGCCUCCAUCUUGCGGGCCUGGCUGGAUCAGUGUCCGGACGACUUCCAGGAGCCGCCAGACUACCCGAGCCUGCGCAGGGUGCUGGAGUUCCUGCAGAGGGCGCUGCCCGAAUCGGAGCUCUUCCGGAGGGCUCACAGCCUGCUGGAGCAGCUGCAGAGCCAGGCUGCCCUGGACCCGGAGUCCGAAGCCGGUUUCCACGGCAACAUCUCCUUCUGCCUCGGGGAGGAAGACGAAGUGGAGAUCGAAGUGCAGGAUGCCUUCGUGACCUUCGAGGCCGACCUGGUGGCGGAGCAGCUGACCUACAUGGACGCGUUGCUGUUCAAGAAGGUGGUGCCCCACCACUGCCUGGGCUCCAUCUGGUCUCAGCGUGACAAGAAGCAGAACAAGCGCUGCGCGCCCACCAUCCGCGCCACCAUCACGCAGUUCAACGCGGUGGCCGCCUGCGUGGUCAGCACCGUGCUCCGCCAGCGGCAGCUCCGCCCCCACCUGCGCGCGCGCGUCAUCCAGCACUGGAUCGACGUCGCCCAGGAGUGCCGCAUCCGGAAGAACUUCUCCUCGCUGCGCGCCAUCGUCUCCGCGCUGCAGUCCAACCCGCUGUACCGCCUGAAGAGGGCGUGGGCCGCCGUGCACAAGGACAGUAUGCAGAUGUUCGAGGAGCUGUCCGAUAUCUUCUCCGAUCACGACAACUACCUGACCAGCAGAGAGCUUCUGAUGAGGGAAGGAACCUCUAAAUUCGCCAGCUUGGAUAACUGUGCGAAGGAUCAUCAGAAACGCACACAGAGGAGACUGCAGCUGCAGAAGGAAAUGGGUGCCAUGCAGGGCACAAUACCCUACCUGGGCACGUUCCUAACGGACCUGACCAUGCUGGACACGGCGCUGCCUGACCUGGUGGAGGGUGGCCUGAUUAACUUCGAGAAGAGACGCAGGGAGUUUGAGGUGAUCGCCCAGAUCAAGCUGCUCCAGUCCGCCUGUAACAGUUACUGCCUGUCCCCUGACCCCACCUUUCUGCGCUGGUUCCACAGCCAACCACAGCACAGCGAGGAGGAGAGCUACGCUCUGUCCUGCGAGAUUGAAGGAGUGGGCGACAGCAGCCCCACCUCGCCCAAACCCCGCAAGAGCAUGGUGAAGAGGCUGAGCCUGCUGUUCCUGGGCGCGGAGGCCACAGCCGCCAGCUCCCCGGUGAGGGAGAGCCCGCGGUCGCCCCCUGCUGGCAGCUCCGGGGAGAGCAUGGACUCGGUCAGCGUGUCCUCCAGCGACUCCGGCCCCUCGGACAGCGAGGGCCUGACGCCCACCCACACCCCCGACAUCGCCGAAAAGAAGGUACUGACCUGACCCCCGCACCCGGAUACCGCCACUCAUAACUCAAGACUCAUAGCGGAUAACUCCGCUAGCACCGCCCCACGCCCGCCUCGCCGCCCACCGCCUCGCCUCCCGCCGGCCCCGCCCCCCCGCGCGCACCGCCGCUCGGCCUCCCUGACCCCCGUCUCGCCCACCUCCCCCACCCUCCUCCUCCCCCCCGCCUACAACACCCAGGCCCAGGACGCCUGCAUCAUCCGCGUCAGUCUGGAGCAUGGCAACGGGAACCUGUACAAGAGCAUCGUGCUGACCAGCCAAGACAAGACUCCCGCGGUCAUCUCCAGGGCCAUGGCCAAGCACAACCUGGAGGACGAGCCGGCCGACGCCUACGAGCUGGUCCAGGUCAUCUCCGACGAGAGAGAGCUGGUGAUCCCGGACAACGCCAACGUCUUUUACGCCAUGAACACCUCCGCCAACUUCAACUUCCUGCUGCGGCUGCGCGGCUCUGCGGGACGGCCCGUCCAGCUGCGCAGCCGAUGCAGCUCCACGCUCCCGCGCGCGCAGCAACGCAGCUGCCUGUCACUGCGGCUCAGCAAGGUCACGCUGUAGCCCCACCCCCCCGAGGCCAGGGCGGGGCGGGGCUUCCACGGGAGGGCGGGGCUCAGACAGCCUGCAGAGACUCGUUUUGGGAGAGCCGGAGAGGAAGGGGGGAUGGGACUGAAAGACUGGAACCCCAGAGCCGUACUCCUCUUUCCCCUCCGCGGAUCCCCCUGCUCUCCAGCUGCGGCCUGCGCUGUCCUCAGCCUGCCUGCGCAGUGACUGCAGAUGCGCAGACAGACACACAGACAGACGCACUGCGCAGACAGGCGCACUGCGCAGACAGGCGCACUGCGCAGACAGACGCACUGCGCAGACAGACGCACUGCCCACCACAAUCCCAGCAGGAACGGACCCUCGUCGCGCUGAGAGAAUUUGCACACGCGCGCGCACGCGAAGGAGAUGAAUUCCCUGCUCUCCUCCAUCAGUCCCCCCCUUUUCCUUUUUUAUUCACUGCUAUCUUUGUCUAUCCUCUGGCCCUCCUGCUUGUUUCCGGUGGGGAAGGAGAUGAGGGGCGGACAGGAUGAAGAGGAUUCGAUCCUGUUGCCUUAUGGUGAUGAUGAAUGGACUCUUGCGUCAGUAUUUUUUUGUGGGGGCGUUGCAGGAGCUGUGAUGUCACUGUGCCCCCCCCCCCAUUUCCCUGUGUGUGCACUAUGUGGACAAUGAGGAUUAAGCUUCUCAUAUUGUGAGCUGUGUGAUGAAUGCAGUAUCUGCGUUCUGAUUGGUUCCUACUUGGUUUUAACAAGUCUGUGAAAUGUUCUUGUUUUCCUGUUGAUUGGUUGCCUUCAGUUUCGGGGUCCGGUUGCACAAAAUGGGAGUUUCUCAUUGGACGUCUGGCUUUACCCUCCCCGGCUGCCUCUCAGUGAUUGUCCAAUAGAGUUGCACUUGUUUUGUGGUUGGGCAAAGCAUUUUGGGAUUUGCACUGGGUGUAUUGGUAGAUUCUGCUCCCCGUACACUGAUUCUGGAUCGGUUUCUGCCUUUUUCCACAUAGUAAUUGGACACAGGACUAGAGUAGCACACGGUGAUCCUGGAUCAGUUGUUUGGGGUUUGUAGAAUGUGCUGGGAGCUUGUGUCAACUGAGGGUCAAUUGGAGGUUAUGAAAUUCCUUUGUCUUUUGUGUGUGUAAUGUGUGUGUGUUUUUUUUAAAAUGACACGGGACAGAAAAAAAAACGUUAGAAAAUGUAUAAACAUAUGAAUGUAUGGACGUCGGCUGGAAUAGCGGAGAAUGUUGUUUGUUUGUUUUUUUAUAACUGGACCCGGAACUCGUAGCAGUUCCUGUACAGAAACCGCAGGAUUGUGUAGCUGCAGACGUUCUGCUGUAUGUGUGUGUGUGUGUGUGUGUGGAGUUGUGUGUGGGGAAGGCCACGCCUUGUAGCGGACAGAGCACGCGCAUCACAUUGACCAUUCGUGGGCACCCAGAAAACGCGCAAGGCUAUGGUCCUGGCGGUGAUGCUCUGACGCUAACCCGCAUUGUGUCCGCCAUGACGUGUCCUCAGCACUGUUCCCCCCUCACUCUGUUCAAAGCGUUGCCCUCACAGACUCACUCCCUCACUCACUGUCGAGUCUCUCGCCCUUGCAUAGACUCGCACUCGCACAAACCCGACACUUGUCACUGCAACCCCCUUUGCUGACCCCUAGUGUUGAGGAGGCCAAAGGGCGGAACUGAAGCAGAAGGGAUGAUGACGCGGUAGACUCCCACUUUCCUCUCACACAAACCGACACAUGUCACUGUAACACCCAAUGCUGACCCCUAGUGUUGAGGAGGCCAAAGGGUGGAACUGGAGCAGAAGGGAUGAUGCAGUAGAGUCCCACUUUCUUCUUUCAAAUGCAGCACUUGUGAACUUCUCUCCAAAUGCCGUCACUUUUUCCGCUUUUAAAUACUCUUUCUUCACUGCCAAAGAAUUCUCUACAUGCAAAAGUAAAUAAAUUAUUAUCAUUA